GCUACAGUCGGCAGUCGCCGUCGCGCCAGGUCCCCGCUAGUGGCUAGCUAAGUAAGCAGCGAGCAGUCGCAUACCCGUCGCCUAACCAGCAUCGCUCGCCUUACCUUUUCACCCUUUUCUCAAAAUUGCAUCGAGGCUUCCGUCAGUGCUGCAUAUAUUUGUCCCGUUUCGCAAAGUCGGUUCUCUUACGACGCAUAGUCCGCCGCUGUCUGUCGUGAUCGUCGUCGUCGCUGUCGCCGCCGUCGUCGCCGUCGCCGUCGUCGCCGUCGCCGCCGCCGCCGCCGCCGCCGCCGCCAUUGCCGCCACCACCACCACCACCGCCGCCGCCGCCGCCACCGCCACCACCACCGCCGCCGCCGCCGCCGCCGUCGCCGCCGCCGCCGUUCGCCGCCGCUACUAUCGCCCUAUCGUUGUCGUCGCAAUCGCAGUCGCAGUCGCAGAGUCGUUGUCGUCGUCGUUUCGUCGUGUCGUCGUCGUUUUACCACGUUCCGCGCGUGCUUUUUCACCAGGCGGAUGGACACGAUCAUCCAGUAAAAAGAGGAGCGGCUAAUAUAUAUAUGUAUAUAUAUAUAUGUAUAUAUAUAUGUAUAUGUAUUAACAAGGGAGAAGGCUUUAAUCGCUAAAUAGGUAUUAGGGAAGAGGAAGAGGAAUAUAAUAUAAAGAUUAAAUAAAAGAGAAUCGUGCGAGCAAUCUGUGAUCGCCAAAGGCGAACCAGCAGCAGCAGCAGCAGCAGCAGCAGCAGCAGUAGUAGCAGCAACAACAGCAACAGCAGGAGUAGGAGCAGCACCAGCAGUAACAGCGACAACAACAACGGGCCGUUGUAAUCGAAUAAAACGGAAGAACUGAUUAUGAGUCGGAACAGUGCAGCAGGUCAGCACUCAUACGAGCCGGCGUUAUACAAACUCGACACGAGACACGCGUUGGCUUGAAACCGGCUUGAAGGACACCACCAGCGGCUUUUUGAGACACGUAUACAUACAGUACAUGCCACUACAUCGACAGCAGCAGCAGCAGCAGCAGCAGCAGCAGCAGCAGCAGUAGCAGCAGCACCAGUAGCAGCACCAGUAGCAGCAACAGCAGCAGCAGCAGCAGCAGCAACAGCAGCAGCAGCAGCAACAGCAGCAGCAGUAUCGCCAAUAGCAGACUGUGUAAAAAGCAACGAUCGCGCCUACAGAACAACGACAACAUCGACAACAUCGACACAACAACAACAACAACAACAACAAUCAUUGUUGUUUCCGUCUUCGUCGACGGUUAGAGAGCUUCGAAGGCUUCCACAAGCUUUGCUCGUUCGAAAGGAGAAGAGUUACGGAGUCGAGAGUAGAGAAGGAGGAGGGUGUAAGGAAAGGAAAAGGAGAGAAAGGAGUUCGCGGAGCUUGGAGAGAGAGGAAAAGGCCUUUUAAAGGAACAAAAUAACGGAGUGAUCGGCUCCAUCGUUCUUUCUUCAUCUUUGUCUUCUACACCAACACCACUACUACUACUACUACUACUACUACUACUACUACUACUACUACUACUACUACUACUAUUACUACUACUACGACUACUACUACUACUUGUAUUACUUCUUUGGACAAGUCCGAGAUCUUCCGUGAGUCAACGAGUAUCAACAGCUGUAAGACAGCAACGGCACGUACAAGUAGUAGAGAAACGCACACGCUUUACGUUUUUGGAGCUUCCAUCAAAAAGUAAUAAGAAAGUGAACAAAUAAACAAGCAAACGGAAAAAAAGAAAGAAAAGUACUAAUAUAAAGAUCAACGGCAACAACGAAAAACGGAGUGGUGUACGGCCUUAGAAGAAAGCUUUCUCUCUCUUUCUCUCUCUCUCUCUCUCUCUCUCUCUCUCUCUCUAACUCUCUCUCUCUCCCUUUUUCUCUUUUUUUUCUCUCUCUCUCUCUCUAUUUCUCUCUAUCUUUUUCUCUUUCACUCCAAUAACUCUGAUACAUCACCAGUUUAGCACUUCUCUCUAUUUCGCCGCAAAAUCUCUCUUCUAAACCCAUCGCCAUUGGCAGAUCAACAACAACAUUAGCAGGAGUAACAACAACAACAGUAACAGUAGUAGCUGCGCAACGAUCAGCCUAGCUACUGUUUACUACGACUGAUAAAGACCGACCGGAUCGAUAACGAGAGCUAAUAAAGCGCACGGGCCGUCGAGAACAAGCGCUUCGCGGUAUUCGGAACGGGAAUAAGGACGCGCAACGUCCUUCGGGAUCAUUCACGGUUAUCCCGUUAACGGGAUCGAGUCGGGCAAAAAAAAGUUCGCGAUAAUAAUAGACGAGCCACGCCAUUCGUUUUUUGUUCAAGAAGAAUUAUCGAUAAAGGAAGUAGGAAAGAAAGAUUGAUAGAAAAAGAAAGAAAGAAAAAACAACAACAACAACAACAACAACAACAAUAAUAAUAACAAUAGAAAGUAUUUCUAUUCGUCGUUUCUACAAAAAGGUACGAGAAAGGGGUGGUUCGUAAUCGAUCGACGCGAGUGAACGCAAGAAGAAGAAAAGAAGGGAAAGAUAGAAAAUAAAUAAAUAAAUAAAGAAAGAAAGAAAGAAAGAAUAAUAAAUAAAAGGAAGGAAGCUUCAACAACAACAACAACAACAACAACAACUUCUUGUUCUUCGACGCUCUAGCUAAGCGUUACUAUUGCUACUACUACUACUAUACUACUACCAUCACCACCACCACCAGCACUAGUUCUUCUUCUUCUUCUUCUUCUUCUUCUCCUUCAUCUUUUUCUUCUUCUCGCUUGAAACAGCGAGACAGACAAAGACAGAGAGAGAAAGUAAGAAAGUAAGAAAGAAAGACAGAAAGAGAGAGAGAUACUAGUCUCUCGUACGUUCUUCUUGGACUGGGAGAAUGGCAAUGGUCAACAUGAAUAACCUACUCAAUGGCAAGGACUCGCGGUGGCUACAGCUCGAGGUUUGCAGAGAGUUUCAACGCAACAAGUGUACCAGGCCCGACACGGAGUGCAAAUUCGCUCAUCCACCAGCCAACGUCGAGGUGCAGAAUGGACGGGUUACUGCUUGCUACGACAGUAUCAAGGGCCGAUGUAAUCGAGAAAAGCCACCCUGCAAAUACUUCCACCCUCCUCAACACCUUAAGGAUCAGCUUUUGAUAAACGGACGGAAUCACUUAGCCCUGAAGAACGCGCUGAUGCAACAAAUGGGCCUAACGCCUGGUCAACCAUUAGUGCCUGGCCAGGUACCAGCAGUGGAGGCCCCGGCACCUCCGGCACCACACCAUCACCUUCAACAGCAAAUCCAGCAGCAACUUCUCGCUACCCACGCCUUUAUGGCGACGAAUCCGUACCUGACCGGUAUGCCGCAGGUGGGCAACGCGUACAACCCGUACUUCGCGCCCAGCCCGAUAAUGCCGGCGAUAAUGGGCCCGGCGGACCCGACGGGAGUCGGCAGCCCACUCGGCGUCGUCCCGCAGACGGUAGCGAUGCCGCAGAAGAUGCCACGUACAGACCGCUUCGAGGUAUGUCGCGAGUUUCAACGCGGGGCGUGCAAACGCGGCGAGACGGAGUGCCGGUUUGCGCACCCCCUCGAGACGGUGCAGGCGAACGAGGACGGCUCUGUGACGGUCUGCAUGGACGCUGUCAAGGGCCGAUGCAAUCGGGACCCCUGCCGCUAUUUCCACCCCCCUCUGCACCUUCAAGCCCACAUUAAGGCCGCACAAUCUCGGGCUAGCAUUGCGACGGCGACGAUGCCUACGAGCAUGGCGGGAAUGGGCGCGCUGGCUGGUGGAAUGUCAGGAGUGCCGGCGACUGCGAUAUCCGGAGGACUUCAGGGCACAACAAUGGCGAGCAUCGAGCUCGGAAAGAAGCGGAUGCGCGACUCCAAUGACGAUCUGCUAAUGGUACCACGGCUUAUGCAUGAAAUGGACAUGAAGUCUGUUGGGUCGUUCUACUACGAGAACUUUGCCUUCCCAGGAAUGGUUCCGUAUAAACGACCGGCGGCCGACAAGUCCGGUAUGCCGGUCUAUCAGCCGACCGGCGCGACGACCUUAAUGCAGUUGCAGCAGCCCUUCGUGCCUGUGUCAUGUGAGUACACUGGAACACCACCCCUACCUACCCAAACCUCUAACCAAUCGGUCGUGCAACCCCCGAACGUGCAAAGCAACCACCACCACCACCACCACCACGCGGUGGUGCAGUCCUCCUCUUCCUCCCAGGGAACCGGCGGCGUCGCUGUCGGUAACUGCGCCGACGCCAACAAUGGCGUCCUCAUGGAUCCGUGCAACAAUCCGCCGCCGCCACCGCCGACAACCGGCGACAAUAACACUAGCGCUAGUAAUGCCGGUAACAAGCAGACUCUCGUUAAUGCCCAGAAUCAUGACGGCGAAAAUGCGCGUAAUUCCCCCGAAUUGAAUCACUCGAGUCCGGCGGUACAGCAACAAAUUCAACAACAAGCUCAGCAACAAGCUCAACAGCAAGCGCAACAUCAGCAUCAACAGCAGCAGCAACAACAACAACAACAACAACAACAACAGCAACAGCAACAACAACAGCAGCAACAGGCUCAGCAGCAAGCGCAACAGCAGGCUCAUCAGCAAGCGCAACAGCAGGCUGCUCAGCAGCAGGCUCAACAACAAGCUGCUCAGCAACAGGCACACCAACAGCAUCAACAGGCACAACAGCAACAACACGCUCAACAACAUGCUCAACAACAAUUGCAACAGCAGCAUCAACAGCAAAUGAAUCAAUUGGCUCUAUCGGCCGUACCACCGUCCAUGAGUCCGUUAACAUCGAUGGCCGGGCUAACAUCUAUGCCCGGUGUCGUUAACAUGGCCUCCAUGGCCAAUAUGGUCAGCAUGGCAAACGUCUCCUCGAUGUCAAGCCUAUCAUCAAUGAGCAAUUACUCGGUCGCAAAUAUGGCGAAUCUAAACAUGCUGAAUACUCUCGGCAUGGCCGCGUCCGGAUUACCCGCUCAUCUCGACGCAGCGGCUCUGGCCAAGGAGGUGGCCCAGAAGAAUUACGCGAAAGCGAUUAAAUUGUCACAGGCUUCUCAGCCUUACGGUAUUAGUCAGCUUACGGCACUUAAUUACACUGGCGUAGCAUUGAACAAACAAACCUUGGUGAAUCCCGCGGGUGCCGCCGCUGCCGCCGCGGCUGCGGCCGGACCUGGUUCGGCUUUACAGGCUAGCGCUUUGCCCGGAAGUACUGGUACACCGAGACCAGUGAUCCCUGGACUGGCCGGUAUACCUGGUGCGCUGACGUCGCCACUUUCAGCCGGUAUACUUGCAUACUCAAGACCUCAACCGACCGCUACACCUAUUAAUCCAUACUCCCUGAUCAGACAACAGAUCCUACCGAAUCCGUAUGUCCAAGCCUCGAUACCCGGUGUGCCUGGUGCGGCCGCAGCUGCGGUUCAGGCAUCGCCCUACGUACAGAAUCCAUAUGCCGUUUUACCUGGUAUGGCUGGUGUACCUGCUGGCGUAGCCGCCGCGGCAGGUGUACCGACCGUACCUCAGAUACCGCAAAUCCCCAAUCCGGCGACGAUAGCGGCGCAACCGCAGGUCGCCAUACCGGUCAGCUCCGGUGUGAUCAUGCAGCCCUACAAGAAGAUGAAGACUUCGUAAAGAACGUCGCUUUUAAUGCUCCUUGGCUUUUCUCCGUAGCGAGAGGUCGGUCGUGCUCUCUUCUGGGCCAACUCCUCUUCCUAUUUCUUUCUCUCCCUCUCUCUCUCUCUCUCUCUUUCUCUCUCUUUUUUCUCUGUCUCUUUCUACUUCUUUUUUCUUUCUUAACUAUCUCUAUUCGUCUAUUACUCGUUUGGAAAAAAGAGCGCGGUCUAUUACUUUAUCAACGUGUUUAACUUUCGAGUCACGCGUAAGUGCAAUUUUCGAUUAUUCUAAACAAGACGAAUCCAUGAAUUAUGUCAACGUUCGCCAACACUUCUAUUAGAUAUAUAAAAAUAAAUAAAUACAUAUAUAUAUAUAUCUUUCUAUCGUUGAAAUCGUUAAUCUUUUUAGUCAUUAUUCGAGAGAAGAAGAAAAAGAAAGGAAAUAAAAAACAAGAAAGAGAAAAAGUGAUACAAUGAUAAAGAGAGAGAAGAAUACAGAGAGAAAGAGAAAGAUAAAGAGAGAGAGAGAGAGAGAGAGAGAGAGGGAGAGAGAGAGAGAAAGAAACAAUGAGAUAGGGGGAGUAUAUAUAUAUACUCCUCCUUCAUUCGUUCGAGCGAACGCAAAACGGGAAAGUUGAGACACGCUACACAAUGAAAAAGUUCCGAAAAUAGAUUCAUUUUCUAGUCAGACAUUGUCGGUGAACAGUGCCUUAUUGACCCGAUUCCUCGUGGAGCGUUUUAAACGUAAGACGAAAGAAUGAAAGAACGGCGAGAUCGCACGGCGUUCCUCGCUAAUUGUGUGUGUGACGUCGGAUUAAAUUAACCGAUUCGCGCGAAUCGGUAAAGAUGGCCGCUAAUUUGCGCCUUCUUCUUUUUAUCGUUCCAAUAACGUGUUUCUACCUAAAUAAUCAAUAUCAAUAUCAAUAUAUAUAUAUAUAUAUAUAUAUAUAUAUAUAUAUAUGUAUAUAUAUAAAUAUAUAUAUAUAUAUAUCUGCCGGACGACUUGCCGCUCGUUACGACGCGUCCAAUAAUAAAAGUUUAAAAGAAAAAAAAAGAAAAAAGUGAUUAAAAAAAAGGUUAAAAAAAAAAAAAAAGAAAAAGAAAAAAGAAAAAAGAGAAAAGAAAAAGAAAAAGAAAUAUGUGUGUGGCUUGAGACGAUCGAUUGUGAGACGCGCCGAAGUCACGCGUAAUAAUCGUGCUUCUAUCAUUAUUAUUAUCAUUAUAGUCAUAUCUUUUUUUUUUUUUGUUUUUUUUUUUUUCGUUUGUUUUUCUUUUCCUUCUUGUUUGUUCUUUUUUGUUCUUUUGUGUUUACCCUUAUUUACU